UUUGGUCAACCGGAAGUAAAAGGAUGACAGGAAGUAUCAAAGGGAGAAAAUCGAAAUUUUAGUGUUUACCAUCACAUCAUGAUGCCAAUUCCAGAGGGACAGAUUCCUCACCAAGAACACCAGGUUGAAUAUAGAGAAAAAUACAAAGCAUUGAAAAAGAAACUAAAGUUUUUGGUAUAUGAACAAGAGUGCUUCUUAGAAGAAUUGAGGAAAUCACAGAGAAAACUUCUUAAGAUCACUAGAGAUAGAAGUUUCUUGCUAGACAGAUUAUUACAGUAUGAAAAAUUAGAUGAUUCAUCAGAUGAUUCAGAUGCUACAGCAUCCAGUGAUAGUGAAAAUGAUGGGCAUAGUGCAGGUAAAAAGAGAAAAGCACUAGAGAGUUUAGGAUUUGAGUUUGGAACAGAUCCGACAUUGUACAUGGCAGCCAGUGCACAGAGUAGAGCUAAUAUUCCUACUUCAUCAGAACCAGUGAAGAAGAGAUCCAAACCAAGUGCAAAGAAAGGAAAAGGAGGUAAAUUAUCACAUCAAGAGCCUCAGUUAACGAGAGAAGAAGUAGAAAAGCGACUAGAAUCUCGUCAGAUUUCAUUUGGUAUUGAGAAGGCACCAAUGAUGUUACCAAUGGAGAUAUUCAGCCAUGAUAACUCUAAUCAAGACAGUGAAGGAAAUGAUAGAGAUGAUGAAGAUUCAGAUUUAGUGAUAGACACACAAUAGAGAUAUGUUGGAUUAUUUACCAGAUGUGUUCAAGUAUAUAGCUAUCAAAAUGUAUUUGUCUAUGUGUUUAACUUCAUUUUAAUCCUGACAAGACAGAGUGAUGAUGAACUUACGCGAAUUGUUUAUGUUAGAAUGCUUCAGUGCGUUGGUCUACUUCUCUGUUAACAGUGCUUAUGAACAAGAAAAGUUGUUUAUCUUCUUUAACACAGUAGAACUGUUACAUUAAUGAUUUAGUGUAGUUACUAACUAUACAAUGCAUAAUCUGUUGUGUUGGUUAUGUGUACUUAUUUUAAUAAAAUGAUAUAAAAUUGA